AUGGCUCUUUUAGUUGAACGACGGUCGUACGGCACGGUGCGCUUAGGCGAGAUAAAGGGACUGUUUUGGGGGCUGCUGGGAAAAGCUCAUCAGUAAGCCUGGCCGGGUGAAAAGUGUUUGAUGGUGAAGUUUGGUGUCGUCUUCCUAAAAGAAAAAUUGUUUGUGUCCACCGAGAGUGAGCUCUUUGCCGAAGAAAACAAAAAAACGGGUGCACCAAAAGUUUCUCUGUGCUAAAGACGUGAACCAUGUGGGGAUACAAGGGAACUGUGCCGGUGUCGGUGAUGCUGCUCGUGCUGGCCGCUACGAAGAUGCCCACCCCAGCCUGCGGCGCUAGGGUGUUGGCCAUCUUUCCGUCGCCAGCCCGCAGCCACCAGAUAGUGUACCGUGCGUUCAUGAAGGGACUGAUCGAGCGAGGCCACGAGCUCACGAUCAUGACGACGGAUCCGUUCGCGGCGGAUCAUCCGAACGUGACCGUGAUCGAUUGGAGCUACGCGUACAGGAUUGUGGAGGAAAACCUGGACGUGGUCGAUAUGAAGCAGCGCAAUAUGAACUUCUACCAGAUUGCGGUGGAGCUGCGGCGUACGACGCGACUCUUCCUGGAGGCGCAGCUCGCCCAUCCGGACGUGCAGGCGCUUAUCCACAGCCGGGACGCACACUUUGACGUGGUGAUCGUGGAGUACUAUCAGUUCACACCGAUGUACGCGUUCGCCGAGCUGUUCCAGGCGCCGAUGAUCGGCAUCAGCUCGAUCGAUUCGAUGGGCAUGUGCCACGAAGCGAUCGGCAACGUGAUGAACGUGGUCGCCCAUCCGGAGAUGAACCACAAAUUUACGCGCGACCUGACGUUCCUGCAGCGCGUCGAAGCCGUCAUCUCGAACCUGAUGAUCCAGUACCACAUCCUGCCGACCGACUUUGCCGUGUUCGAUCGGAUGAUCGAGCAGAACUUUGGCAGCAACAUGACGCGCUCGUGGGAGCUGAUGCGUCGGAUCGAUUUCUUGAUGGUGAACGCGGAACCGACGCUCGGCUACGUGCGACCACUGGUGCCGAACGCGAUCCAGCUCGGCUUCAUGCACAUACAGCCCCCGAAGCCGCUGCCAGCGGAUCUGCAGACCUAUCUGGACCGAUCGGUGCAUGGGGUGGUGUAUUUCAGCCUGGGGACGCUCAUCAGAAGCGAUUCGCUCAAUCAGCACAAUCUCAACCUGUUCUUGGAGGUGUUUAAAUCGCUCAAGUACGAUGUGCUGUGGAAGCAUGAUGGAGACCUAGACCUGAACGGGACGACCAACAUUCGGAUGGAGCGUUGGUUACCGCAGCAGGAUCUUUUAGCCCAUCCGAAGGUGCGCGUGUUUGUGAUGCAGGGCGGCCAGCAAUCGAUGGAGGAAGCGAUCGACCGACAUGUCCCGCUGGUCGUGAUACCGUUCAACUUCGAUCAGUUUGGCAACGCGGACAAGGUGACCGAGCGGGGCAUCGGCCGCUCGGUGUGGAUGGAGCGGCUCACGGUGGAAUCGCUCCGUGAGUGCAUUCUCGACGUCGCCAGCAACAAGCGGUAUAAGCGCAACGUGGCCCGGCUGGGACGCUUGGUGCGCGAUCAACCGAUGCGCCCGGUCGAGAAAGCGGUCUGGUGGACGGAGUACGUCAUCCGGCACGGCGGUGCCGAUCACUAUCGCUAUCCUGCCGCUCACAUGUCCUUCCUGGUGUACCACUACUACGACGUGGUCGGGGCGGCGGUGCUGCUGGCCAUCGCUCUCCUGGCCGCACUGCACUAUCUGGCCGGGCGGCUGUUCCGGCGGUUCGUUGGCGCGAUCAUGUCAUCGUUCGAUCGGCCGCACGCGGUCGGUAAGAUGCUGAAAGAAAAGGCACUGUGAGUCGUACGGUGUUCGGGCACAUGAAAACCGUGACGCAACGGUAGUUUAGGGCGAUUGGGUCACAAACGUACACGAUCGAGACGAUUUCGCAGCAAUCCAGCGUGCCCAAUUAGCACAGGUUGACGACAGGUGGACGUCGCAUGGUGACAACUUACUGCCACACUAGCUUUAAUGGUUUGUACCGAUCGGGUAAACUUCCUGCGCCAAUGGAGUCGAUGGGAUCGAUCAUACUAUUUCGCUGCAUUUUUAUUGCAGCACAAAGGUUUUAGAGCGCGGAAAACGAGCGAGGGCAGCUGGUAGGGAAGGAGCUCACUGUCUCUCUAUUGUAUCUCUGCUUUGUUUUCGGCUAGGGAACCGUUAGGCAUCUCUAGAUUAAGCCACGAUAGUGUUAAGAUAUGUUGUGGACACGGUAAGGAAUAGAUAGGGAUAGACGCUGUGAUUGGGGAGAAUUUUAAUGGUGGAAAUAGACAGUUGACUCUUAAGAAUAGACUCUUAAUAAGGGAGCUCUGAAUUCUGAACAAAGAGGAUUUACACUCGGUCUAGUUUGGUUUAAAUUACCUGCAAUUCUAUUUCUUUUCCUGCUAAACUUGUUUGAUAUCUUGAAAGUGGCUUUGAUCAGUUAUUGAAUGUAGCGUGACAGAGAAAAUGAUUUUUCUUUUCCAGUUUUGUUCCAGUCCACCCUUGAAAAAUGUUUAAUUAUUCCAUUAAAUUUUGACUGUACCUUAACCUCCUUGAGAGUUUACUUUUAAAACAUAUUUGACAAUUUUUUUCUUUUCUGUCCUGAACCCCUUUAUUUUAUUUUCGGCCUCAGUACCAUGUAAUAAAACAUCAGUUUUUAAUGCUUAUUAAAAAUAAUAUAUUGCCUGUCGACAAAUUUUUAUUCACAAUUCCUCAAGCAAAAGACAUUAAAACAUCAAAUUUUAACUAUACUGUAACAGGCUACUGUAUAUGUUUUGGUAGACGAAUCGUGGUAGACGAAAGAUCGUGAGAGCGAUAUCAGACACUCCUGCAGGAGAUCAAGACCUCAAAGCGGCUAUGGCGCCGAAUAAGUCAGUAAGUAAGCAAUAAGCAUCAAAAUAUGAUAUAUUAGUCGGAGCGCUACCACCUACAUCAUGUGGCCCUACUGCCCUGUUCACACUUAAUUAUAGGGUCUAAAUUAUGUGUUGAUGUUAUCUCGACCUCUACGUCAUAACACAAACAAACACUUCUUUUUUACAUUUGCGGUGCUCUCCUCAAAUGAUGAUCACAUUCAAUAAAUUCAAAGGUAGCUUAAAAGCCAGCUGUACCUAGUGUAGCACGAAGGUUGUGGAAAUUGCAUCAAGUAAAUCAUUCCGAACUAGACGUCAACCCCGUGAGCCACCCACGUGUCUGGCUGUUCAGGGUUGCUAUGUACAUAGAAAUGAACUGCUUUCGUUAUGCACCGAGUCACAGGUCGUCACGGUAGGAAGGGCUCUCCAGUCAAAGCAAGCAGACACUCACACUCCCACUCUCCGAUGGAAUGAUGUACGUGCGCGCAUCACAUCGGGUUCCUGAAACGAAUGUUUUCACACUAGUGUUUUAAGUUUGAAAUAAAGAAUCAUAAUGUCAAACAUUUAA